AUGCCCCUGGGCGACGAGGUGUACGCCAUGACGGAGUCACCUGAUAUGAUUCGAGUUGACCCUGCGUGGUUAGAGACUCUGGAGAAGAAAACCUUGAGUAAAAUGCUGGCUGCGCAUAGUGCCACCUCUCAUCCGCUCUUGGACCCUGACGAUGGCGCUACGUACAAUAUCGGUACACACUUAGGAGCGCGUCAUUCUUUCGUGCUUGUGUACUUUCCUCCCGGCGGAUCCGAAAGCUCAGUAGACCAUGUCAGAGCCGUGGGCACGAUACCGUUGCAAUCUUGCACAUCCGUGCUCUACGUGUACAGUUUCGGAAUGACUGAAAAGUGCGUGGUCGUGCUGGAGCAGUCUCUCUCCAUGCACCUGCCUUGCAUGUUAGCGUCGAGGUACCUGGGCUACAAGGUGUACAUGAACGCCCUGAAGUUCGAUGCCAAGAAGAACGUCCGCUUUCAGGUGAUGAACAAGAAGACGGGGCAGCUUCACCCCGCCGUGUUUGAGUCCGCCGCAUUUUUCACGUUCCACCACAUCAACGCCUUCGAACAGGGCGGCGAGCUCGUGGUCGACCUAAUAUGCUACGACGACGACAGCAUCAUCAGGUGCCUCGACUACACGGUGGACACUCACAUGGCGUUCAAGUUGGGCCACUUGCGCCGCUUUUCGCUGCCUCUGAAUCGAAGCCCGGGCAAACGUGUCAUGAUCCCGUCGCGGGAACUAGCCAAGGGCAAGCUGCGCGGGGAACUUCCGCAAAUCAACAACAACCGCAAUGGAUGGUUCCCUUCAGAGCCUGUCUUUGUAGCGCGUCCAGGCACUGUUGAAGAAGACGAUGGCGUCGUCCUGAGUUCCCUUCUACACGAAGAGAACGAGAAGAAGGUCGCUCUGGUGGUAUUGGACGCGAAAAACGUUCAAACAACUUGCCCUAGCCGAGUUUGA